ACAGCAUUGCCUUUUGGAGACUUCAGGUGUGCUUACAGGAGCGUCUCUUCCCAUGAACUGUAAUUCCAGCACAGAACUCCAUAGCACAUUUCUUCUCAUCACUAUAUCUGAAGAUCCAUUCUUUCACUCAGGAGUGUGUUUUCCAGAAUAAACCUUUGAAAUGACAACAUUCAGCAAGUCAUCAUUCUCUUCUGUGAAUGCUUCCUUGGAAUAUAAUGUAACCGAGAAUAUAGUGCAUUAUAAUGGGUCACAAAAUGAAAAUACAUUCCCUGACAAUAUCAUCAGCCUCAUCAAUCUUCUCAUCUGCCUUCCUGGACUUGUAGGGAACGGGAUUGUCAUUUGGCUUCUUGGCGUCCGUAUUAAAAGGACUCCUUUCACCACAUACAUUUUGAACCUUGCCAUUGCAGAUUUUGCUGUACUCAACAAUGAAAUUAUAAGAGAUAUUUUUUCUCUUUUAAGCUGGAUUAAUAGUAACUUUUUUCCUGUUUACUUUAGUUUCCUUAGCUAUGACAUAUUUAUGUUUACAUUCACUACUAGUCAGUACCUCAUGACAAUCAUCAGCAUUGACAGAUGUGUGUGCCUCUUCUUCCCACUUUGGCAUCGAUGUCACCGGCCACCACAUUUAUCCACUGCUGUGUGUGUCAUUGUAUGGAUCUUCAGCUUCUUAACCAGUGCUAUAGAUCUCAUUCUCCUUCUCGCUGGAUAUGCUAUCAUAACAAACAUACAGUUUGUCUUGAAUGCUGUGGUUUGCUUGCCCAUCAUGUGUGUGUCCACUACAGCCAUUUUUAUUAAAUUCAGCUUAAGACCAGCACAAAAGAAGAAGGGAAAACUGUUAAGAACAAUUUGGCUUACACUUUUCUUCUUCCUCCUUUUGGCUUUUCCAUUAACUUUAGUUGAGGUCCUUUCUCUAUUUCGUCAUACAACGGAGUAUUCGUAUGGAUAUGGGUACAUAUGUGUCUUCUUAAACAGUGCAAUUAACCCUAUGAUCUAUUAUUUGAUGGGGAGAGAUAAAAGAAGGUGUUCCAGCAAGCGAAUCAAUAAAGUGCUUGAGAAACUUUUCAAGGAAGAGGAAGACUGUUGA